UGCCGCCAAAUUUCACGUCGCAUGCCAGUGAUAUUAAACUUGUUUAUGAUAUUGGACUGAAGACUUGGACAGUGUAAGGAGGUGGGGAUAGAGGGCGGUAACAAAACUGCGAAUUGGCAAGUGUAUGAUGAGCUGAGGCGGAUAAAGUUGCCGUUGUUCACUUCUGUCAACAUAUGCAUCGAAACAGAAUUUAAGAACUGGUUAAAAUCGUUGCAGAAAUUACGACUGGAAUCGCAGCAGUUAAAGAAAGAACUGAUGUCAAGCUGCUGAUUUGUAGGCAAAUGGACUUCCGGUGGCAGUGUCCCCCUCCUCAUUGCCAGAACUGCAGGCGUUGCUCAAAUACAACAAGUCUAACCAUCGACUGGUCACUGAACCUCACUCCAUGUAAUCUCCACCCGGCCAGCUAAGUAAGCAGUAACCUUGCAUCCUUGAGAAGUUAGUCAACAGUGCUUUUGCAGGUGAGUCCCCUUUAGCAUGUUCACUUCCUGACUGAUUCUAAUUUCUGAUGGAUUGACAUACCAGGGGAAAAUGUGUUGCAGUCAUUAUUUUAAAAGUAAUUCAUUGAAUUCUUCAAAUUCUGCAUCAACUCAGAGUGCAAGAUGCAAUGCGUCAUGUUGGAGAUCUUGCUGAAGCUGUUUCUGAUCCCACUGAUACAUUAGAGUAGAAUGUCUCCCUAAGUCAUUCUUGUUAAUCAUUGGACAUAGUAGAAAUUCACUUGCCUAACCCCCAUCACCCCGACUGAGGCAUCAGAGUUCUCUGUUCUGGGCCAGUCUUUCAAGCUGUCCCCCUGUGUAACUCUUCAAGGCAAAGGCCCUUCCUCUCCCAGGGAUGAAGUCUUUGGAGCUUUCAUUGGCGUUUCUGUAGCUCUGGGUUUUUAUGGGAUGGGGUUGCUAGCCCCAUGCCCAACCCUCCUCAUUUUGCAGAAUGGCUUGAGACUGUCCACAGUGGCUGACAGAGUAGAAAGUGGAACCAAAAUUACCAAGUGGAGCCGAUGCAGAAACACUAAAACAUGGCACAUUUAUUUUUGAUCCCUAUGACCUGCAAAGAUCUGUAAACGAGUGUAUUGUUGUUUGAAUCUGUAAGCAUUGGAUGUUUGCCUUGAUCAUAGAGAGGUAGUGUAAGUCUCUGCUGUCUUAUAAGGUGGUCUGAAGGAAGCUAUGCAUUAGUCGCCUUGUAUUUCUGCAUCUUUUGAGAGAUGAGGUGCUCAGUACCGAGUACGUGUAGAAACAUCUCCUGGGAACCUUGGCCCAUGCCUGUGUGAAGCAGUAAAGGAACAUUCAGGAUGAUAUUAAGAGCCAUGUGGCCAUGCACUGGGAGCACCUACAAGUCCUGCAGAAGCAAAGGGAGGAGCACAUCUUACAAACCACCCACCCAUCUACCCACUCAGAUAUUUAGUGUUCCUUCUGUGGAAAAGUCUGUUGUUCCCACACUGACUCAAUUAGUCAUUUCAGGAUCUGGAAGGAAAUCGAGUCGUACAGUAUGGAAACAAUCCACACUGGCCAAGUUGCACACAUUUGGCCCAAAUCCUCUAAACCUGUCUAAAUGCCUUUUAAAGACUGUAAUUGUACCUCUGUGGCUUCCUCUGGCACAGCGUUCCAUAUACCCACUGUUGAAAAAGUUGCUUCUCAUGCCUGCUUUAAAAUUUUCCUCUCGGUUUAAAUCUCGGCUCUUUAGUUUUAGACUCCUCAAUCUGGGGGGAAAUAUUGUUACCAUUCACAAAAUCAAGUACCCCUCAUGAUUUUGUUUACAUCUAGAAGGUCAACCAUUGGCCUCCUACGCUCCAGAGUCAAAGGCUGUAGCCAAUCCAGUAUCUUCUUAUACUUUGAACUCUCAAUUCGCUGUCAAAAUCCUUGCUAAUCUUUUGCUUGAUAAUAAUUCAAUAAUUAGGUGACCAGAACCACACACAUUACUGUGUGGUGUCUCACCAAUAUCUUGCACAAUUGUUACGUGACACCUCAACUCUCAUUCUCAGUCCCUUGUCUGAUGAACGUAGGCUUGGUUGAUGCCAUCUUCACCACCUUCUCUGCUUGUGUUGCUAUGUUUGAGGAACUGGGCACUUGUACCCUGGGUUUCUCUGCAGCAAAACACAAAAUGCUGUCGGGCGCCAUGUAUGGAAAUGAAGAAAUGGUCAAUGUUUCAGGCUGGGAUCCUCCAUCAGGAGAGUAGCCCUCCCAAACCAGACAGUGAUGCAGCCUGUCAGAAUGCUCUCCACGGUACUGUACCUCUGUAGAAAUUUGCAGGUUUUUUUUUGUGACAUACCAAAUCUCUUCAAAAUCCUAAUGAAGUAUAGCAUUUGUCGUGCCUUCUUUGUAGCUGCAUCAAUAUGUUUGGUCCAGGUUAGAUCCUCAAAGAUACUGACACGCAGGAAUGUGAAAUUGCUCACUCUUUCCACUUCUGAUCCCUCUGAGGACUGUUGUGUGUGUGUGUGUUCUAUCGUCUUACCCUUUCUGAGUUCCCGCUCAGUUCCUUGGUCUUACUGACUUUGAAUACCUUGCAGUCAUCUGGAUCCGAAGAAAGUUGUGUUGAAAUUGCUUGUUUUAUUUGCAUUGUCUGAAAUGAGACUGUGUCUGUGCAUGAACCAUAAUUAGUGUUUGAUUCCAGUGAUCAUGAAAAACUUUAAACAGUGAACAAAGCGAGCUGGGAUCCUUUAACCUUGAAGCAGACUUUUUAGGUAAAUAAGGCGACAAAUGAAUCUUAUGGGGAAGCUGAAACAGAAAUGAGUAACGUGCGCUUGCCAACAGUUUUCAUAUCACUUGUUGACACACUUUGUUCUUGUGAUUUAUGCUUUACUGCACCCAUGGCCUUUGCUGCUCUUCUUUCAUCCCUCCUCCCAACUGAAAUGGUUUCCUUGAAUUAACUUUGUCAACAAUUUACCUGUUAUAAAUAGAUUCAUCUGAUAUAAAGCAGAUUCAGAACCGGGCCACUUCCAUUCACUGCAGGAUCAGGUUCCUGCGACAGGUCCCUUGGGAUACGCAAGGGUUUGUUUAUUUACGGUGAUACAGUCAGUAUUAACGGUAAGUAUGGACGCCUCCUGGGUCAAAGUCUAGAUUUAAAUGCUGAGCGAAUGCUGCACAAUUGUGGAUGUGCCCCUUUGAGGAAGCAUUAGUCCAAAUCUGCCACUUCGGAUACAAAAGAUCUUCUGGCACUAAUUGAAGAGAAGCAGAGGAGCUUUUUAGAGUUUGCCCCGAUAUACCACUUAUUGGUGCAUACCACUAACUCAAUCUCCAGUGGUAACGUGGGCUAUUUGGAUAAGCAUUCCUUUGCUUUACUGUUUUGGUUUUUCUACAUUUCAACUGUGACUACACUUCAAAAAAUAUUUUACUAUUAGUGAAGCAAUUUGAGAUGUGGAAAUUAAAUAAGUGUGAUAAAUGCAAAUUAAUCUGUUUCAAGUGUUUUUAUUGUGAAGCCACAUCAGCUUAACCACAACCGACAAUGUCCUAAAGCACAAUGCUUUUUUUUCUUUUCUUUCUGAUAACAUAAUGAAAGUCAAAUGAAUGUAUGUAUAGUAAACAAGCAAAAAUCAAGGGAAACCCUACCACCCCAUCUCCUUUCCCCUUCCCAGCCCUACCCUCCCCUCACCCCUCCCGUAUGUGCUGUUUAGGUCCUACUGCCCCCCCCCCCCCCCACACUUAGUUCAGCUGUCGGUCUCUUCUGAAUACAACAGUAAUGGUUGCCAGAUUUUUUUCAAAUUCCUUGAGUUUGUCCUUGAUAACGUAUCUUAUCCUCUCUAGAUGCAGAGUAUCCAUUAAUGCAGCCAACCAUUGUGUGGGUGAUGGAAUUUCCUCCUUUUUCCAGAACAUCAGUAUGAGUUUCUUUCCAUUAAGUAUGCCAUAGGUCAGGAGUUGUUGCUGGGUAGCCUGGAAUUUAUUUGACCUCGCAGAAGUUCCAAAGAUUAUUAAAUAGUGUCUGGUAUUAUCGGAACCUUUAGUACCUUCGAUAGGACCUCAAAUAUUUGCUUCCGAUACUCUUGUAUCCUGGGACAUAAAGCAUAACUAUGUAACAAAUUUGCCUCUGAGGACUUGCAUUUCUCACACACUGGGGAUACCUCUGGGAAUAUUUUAUGAAUCCUUACUUUUGAGUAAUGUAGUCUGUGUAGGAUUUUAAAUUGUAUUAAACAAAGCCUGGCAUUGAUGGAACAGGAGUUAACAUACUCCAAAGCCUCAUUCCAUAUAACCUCCUCUAUCUCUGUACCCAACUCCUUUUCCCACUCUUUUUUAAUAUUAUCCACUGUUGUAUGACACUUGUUUUGUAUGGCAUCAUACAGAUUGGCUAUGAUGUGUUCUGUCCCUAAAUAUGAUCUUAAAUGAUUUUCUAAUUUAUCAGGUUCUGCUGUCUCAAAACCAGAAGGAUGUGAUCUUAUAUAGUGUAUUAGCUGGAGAUACCUGAAAAAAUUACUCUCUUGCAAUCUGAAUUUGAAACGCAAAUUAGUCUGUUCUUUUUUUUUUCAAAGUAGCAGCAAAUUUCAAACAGAGGAGCGUGCAUUCAAAGUCUUCCAUUAAAGUGACAACUAAAUCAGGUUCAAUGGAAGCUUCAACAUCAGAAGAACUUGGAGCUGCCAACUGCCCUAUCAAGAAACAAAAUAAAAGGGCUCGCGCUCCGAAAUAUGCAGACGGUGGCUACGGAUGGGUAGUUUUAGCCUCGUGCUUCACUAUCACUGGAUUGACGUCCAGUUUCGUGAGGUCGUUCGGAAUCUUUUUCCUUGAUAUCCAGAACUGCUUUGGCACACUCGCCUUUAAGGUCUCUUGGAUCAGUGCAAUCAAUGUGGCAGUGUUUCAUCUGAGCUCUCCAUUAGCCAGCGUACUCAAUCUCAAGCUGUCCCUCAGAGUCAUCGCUAUGAUUGGUGGCAUAUUCUCCAUGCUCGGGCUGUUUCUUGGAUCCUUUGCCUUCAGUCUAAGCUGGAUGUAUAUCACCAUAGGUUUUCUCCUAGGGUUGGGGAAUGGACUUGCUUGGGUAUCCUCCGUAAGUCUGGUCAAUCAGUACUUCACAGACCGGAGGCCAUUAGCAAAUGCCUUGUCCAGUGCUGGAGACAGCAUCUUCGUCUUCAUCUUCACACCGUUCUACCAGUGGCUUAUCAACACCAUGUCCUGGCAACAAACACUGAUGAUCAUUGGGGGAAUCCACCUGAACAUCUGUGUCUGCGGAGCUCUAAUGAGGCCCUUACAGAGGCGAUGUCAGAAACCUGCACCAUUAUUUACCACUAAUCUCAGAAAAGAUUCAUGUUGUUCGUCUGCUUAUUUUAAAGACCUGACUCGUCUGAAGGAGCCAAAGUUAAUUUAUUUGAUCUUUUUUGGGCUUUUCUCUGUGAUGGGCCUAUUGAUUCCUACUAUCUAUUUAGUUCCUUAUGCCCAAAGUAUUGGGAUUGAGGAUUUUAAAGCAGCUUUUUUGAUGUCUUACUGGUCAGCUUCUGACCUCGUUGGAAGAGUUGGAUGCGGUUGGUUUGCCAAUAUGCGGCUUUUGACAUCAAUCCGCCUUACAAUAAUAGUGACUGCUAUUUUAAGUAUACUUACAUUGUUUUUCCCAUUAGCUAAGAAUUAUGCCUCACUCAUUGUCUUCAGUUGCGGAUGUGGAUUCUUCGUUGGGACUACUAUGGCUCUUCUCAUCACACUAAUAACUGAUGUGGUGGGAGCUAAGAAUCUGAGCAAUGCACUAGGAAUACUUAUGUUCUUCCGGAGUAUUGGAUGCCUUGUAGGACCACCCCUGGCAGGGUUAGUGGUGGACUGGACUAAAGAUUACAGCACUGGGUUCUUGCUUGCUGGAGGAGGGAUGUUGAUUGCAAGUUGCUUUCUCAUCCCAGUUGACUACCUCUUGACUUGUGGGCAGCAUUCUGUUCGAGGCUCAGAAAAGGAGAUGGAAAAUUUUAAUUCUCAAGACCAGUCUCAGGAAGGAACAGAAAAUGAAGCUGGAUAAUGACAGAAUGGAGAUUUGGAACCAAUGUCUGAAUGAAGGUCAAAGUUAUGUUUAGAUUUCCCCUUUUCGGUAAAUAUUCCUUUGGGAAAUCAAUUUCUAUUGUAGUUCUGUGGACAAUGCAUCUGCACACAAGUUUGAAGGUUCCAUGAAAUGUAUUGAAACUCAGAUCAACAGAUUACCAUGGGCUUUCAGUAAGUGCAUUACACAUAAUGAAAGAUUAAUUGUUUGAUAGUUUCAAUAAAGCAAUUUUAUUUUGUGGGGAGAAGAAUUUUUCAUUCCCCCUGAAAAGAAUAAGUAUAUAUAUUUAAAUAGACAAUUUGUCCUAUAUUCUAGUUGCUGUUAUUUUAGCUCUACAAAAUAUUUUGCAUGCCAGGAGAGUUUGUAUCUUCCAAAUAACGUUUGGUUUAUUACCUUGUGAAGCUAUUUGUACUUAUUGAGAACCUUGUCGUUGUUUUAUGUUUAUAUAUUUAUU